AUGCAAAUCGAGACUUUGCGUACGAUCAACAACCUUACUCUCAUAUUCGAUGGCAAUACCACACGAAAACUGCAUUCUAUCUACGUGAUCCUUGCGACAACUCCUUUACGUGAAAUUUACUUUCUCGGUGCACACGGAGAAUCUGACGAGCGUCACACUACACAAUGGGUGAAUGGGUUGCGACACAAACUCGAAGGUUUUUGGCACAACGAAUGGCCCUUCAAUCAACUCGUCAAAGACGGUAACUCAUUCGCGUGGUGGGAAUCUCUGCAGGACCAUCCGCAUGGCCAUGUCCUCGCACACCUUUCGAUUAAGAUUUUUUCAGUUCUCGUUAACUCCAUGCCUGACGAGCGCACAGACACCGCUAUCAAUGUCCAAUCCGUCGGCGUGGAUGACGACCCAACGCCAGAUGUUGACGCGGACUCGGAUGAAGAAGAAGAAGCUGAUGAUGAGCCACUGGAAUCGGCGAUGGGUGAAGGGCAGCCUGCUCAAGCAGUUGACUUCGAGAUUGACCCCGAUAUCGAUAUCAGCUCGAAGGCACUGACGUACUUAUACGAUUUCUAUUGA